AGCUCGAGAGAGUCUCUCGGGAGGCUGGAUUAGCCACAAGUUGUGGUGAACCAGGGUAAAAUUCGGUGUGCCUUUUUCUCUUCCCUUUACUUCCAUUUUAAUUUUUUAAUUCCUGCGAUUUCUCCGAUCAAACACUAUUCACCCCCCCUCUAGCGUUGGUCUAUUAUUUUAACAAUUGGUAUCAGAGCCUAACUCGCGUCCAAACUUAACCGUUUGAGGGUAAGCGAUCAUGGGUUCUUCUUCUAGAAAUCUCUAUGCCGGAAUUGGAGAAGGUCAGUCUACGUCUAGGCCACCACUCUUUGAUGGCACCAACUAUUCCUAUUGGAAGGAACGAAUGAGAAUCUACAUCCGUUCCACCAACUUCCAAUUAUGGUUGGUCAUCAAAAAUGGAGAACAAAUUCCAAUGAAGAAAGUAGGAGAAACCACGGUCCCAAAGACCGAGGACGAAUUUGAUGCCGAGGACAUCAAAAAGCUGGAGAACUACGCCAAGGCUAUCAAUAUGCUGUACUGUGCCGUCAAUCCUGAUGAUUAUCGCAAGAUUUCUUGCUGCACCACUGCAAAAGAAAUGUGGGACAAACUGGAGGUCACAUAUGAAGGUACGGACCAAAUUCGGGAAGCCAAAAUUGACUUCCUAACGCAGGAGUACGAGAUGUUCAGGAUGAAGGAAGGCGAAAAGAUCAAUGACAUGUUCGAUCGGUUCUCAAAAAUCAUCAACGACCUUCAUGCACUCAAGAAGACUUACACCAACAAGGAUCUUGUGAGAAAAAUCCUGCGAAGUCUCACACCCGAAUGGAGAUCAAAGGCAGACGCAAUCUAUGAAUCCAUCGGAGUCUCGAAUGUCACCAUCGACGGGCUUAGAGGUAAUUUCAAAACCUAUGAAUCUACUAUUCUAACACCGUCUUUGGAUGAACAAAAGAAGAAGGGUAUAGCGCUGAAAGCAACCAAGGAGUCCGUGGAAGAUGACUCAAGCGAUGAUGACAACGAGUUCGGACUCGUUAUCAAGAAGUUCCACAAAUUCAUGAAGAAAGAAUUUGAAAGAAAAGGAAGAAAGCACGACGGGCCCCC